CUUUUGUGCUUUUGCGAACGGUUUGGUGUUAUUUGGUUUUGGUCGGGCUCUAGUUAUGAAGAUUUCCGGGAGGGACGUUGGGGAUGGUCAUCCGGUGUUUGUCGUGGCCGAGAUUGGCCAGAACCAUCAGGGUUCACUGGAGGUCGCGAAGCGGAUGAUCGUGAAGGCAAAGGAGCUCGGUGCCGAUUGCGUCAAGUUCCAAAAGUCUUGUCUUACAGCUAAAUUCACUCGGAAUGCUCUUCGUAAACCCUACAGCGGUGCCAACUCGUGGGGUAGCACCUACGGUGAACACAAAGCCUUUCUGGAGUUCUCCCUAGAAGACUACAAAGAACUUCAGCAAUUCUGCGCCGAGCAGGACAUUCUCUUCAGUGCUUCAGCUAUGGAUCCAGUGUCGCUGCAACAACUGCUCGAACUGCGCGUCCCCUUCAUCAAGAUCGGCUCGGGCGACGCCGACAACGUUCCGAUGUUACGAACGGCGGCCGCCGCAACCACAAUCCCCUUAAUAGUAUCAACCGGGAUGCAGAGCUGGUCCCAGGUUCAGAACAUUCACGCGAUCAUCAAAGCUCAUCCGUCCGCCGCCCUUCUUCACUGCAUUUCAGCCUAUCCGACGCCACCGGAGCAGGCCCUGCUGAACCUGGUACCGUUGUACAAAAGACGCUUCCCCGAGCUGGUCGUCGGAUACUCAGGCCACGAGCUGGGACUUCAGCUGAGCGUUGCGAGCGUGCUGGCGGGAGCCCGAAUUGUGGAACGACACUUUACCCUGGACAAAAGCUGGAAGGGCACCGAUCAUCGUGCCUCGCUGGAUCCGGAGGAAUUUGGCCGGUUGGUGCGGUACGUGAGAGCGGUUGAGGGCAUGAACGUGGAAGGGGAGCGGAUUGUGGAAGUGUUGUCAUCGGUGCUUGAAGCUCGGGACUUCAAUGGGGAGGAGUUGGCGCUAGCUUUGAGGUUGGUUUCGGGCGAGGAUAGAAAAUUGCUGGCUUCGGAAGAGGCCUGCCACAGGAAGCUGGGGAAGUCGUUGGUUUUUGCCGGGGAUUUCGAGAAGGGACACACACUCAAGGAGGAAGAUGUUGCUGUGAAGGUCAGCGAUCCGCACGGUUUGUCACCGACGUUGUACGAUCAAAUUGUUGGACGUACCGUUGGUCGCGAUUGCCGUCAGGAUGAACCCAUUUGCGGCGAGGAUGUUGCUGGUAGUUUCGGAUGAAUUAAAAUGCGCAC